AUGGCCAACAACAUGCUCCUCGUGACCCAGUGCCACGAGUCGAACACGGACAGCUUCAUUUUGCCGGCCGGUUACGACCUCAAGACGACGGCGACCUCCUCCGUUGUCUCCCUGCCCGUCAUCGACAUGUCCCGUGGCCGCGACGAGGUGGUCAACCACGGCGUCUCCGAGCAGGUGCUGCGUGACAUGGAGGCGGUGUGCGAGUUCUUCCAGCUGCCAGCGGCCGACAAGGCGGAGUUCUACUCGGAAGACAAGAGCAAGCCCAACAGGCUCUUCUCCGGCACCACCUACGAGACCCUCGGCGAGAAGUACUGGCGGGACUUCCUCCACCUUGUCUACCCCUUACCCGCCGGCGACACCAAGGACUGGCCCCACAAGCCACAGAGGCUCCGGUAA